ACUCUAGUAGUACAUAACAGUAUUGAAGAAAGGCUUCUCUUGAUUUUGUAGGACUAAAGUCUAUGACAAUGAGAUGCAACUGAUGUUUUCAUUCAAGAGACAGAGAUUCUCAACGUCUGGUUUUCUUGUCGGACUGAGCAGGCGAUGGAUAUGUAGCCAGAGGGGACGAACCGUGAUGAGCUUUGGGGAUGGAAGCCACGGAGCUUUGGGCCUCCCAAUGCCCAUAGUUGGGCUAGGCUCCGAUGUUUACGAGCCCACUCCCAUUUCGGGCCUCCCUUGUGAUGUCACCAGCAUUGCUGCCGGCCACUUUCACUCUAUUGCUGUUACUCGCGAGGGUCAUGUUUAUUCAUGGGGCCGUAACACCGAAGCUCAGCUUGGUCGCCACCAUCUUUCCCCUAGAGAAAAAUGGAAUGAACCGAAGAGGGUAGAAGGGCUAGAUAAAGUGAGGGUUCGAUCUGCAUUUGCUUCUGGUGUUGUCUCUGCUGCCCUUGCAGAGGACGGGUCUCUGUGGGUCUGGGGAACUUCUAAAAAUGGGCAGCUUGGUCUCGGGGAAGGACUCAAAAAGGCUGUUUUACCCUCCAGGGUUGAAACACUUGCUGGAGAACAUAUAGUUAAGGCAUCAUUUGGUUGGGGGCAUGCUCUAGCAAUGUCUGCAAGUGGGAAAUUGUUCGGCUGGGGAUAUUAUGCAGAUGGGAGGAUAGGGAAGAUGGGGAAAGAGUUGGAAAUCUCCCCAUUGGAGGAAUAUAAAUCUCCUCGGCUCAGAUCGCCCGAGAAGACUUUCAUCUCAGCAGAAGAAGCUGCCGAGCAGUCGGUUUUCGAAGCCAUAGAGAAGGAAAAAGAUAUGCCCGUUAUAUGGAAGCCCGGUUUGGUGGAGGAGCUACUUGGGGUGACAGUUGAAGACAUUGCUUGCGGGCUUGACCACUCUUUGGUUGUUUGCAGUGAUGGCACACUCCUAAGUGGGGGAAGCAAUGCAUAUGGGCAGCUAGGAAGGACAAGUCAAGAUUUGGGACUUCACCCUGUCGACAUAGGCGGCUUCCGUGCCUCGAGCGUAGCUUCGGGUUUAGGGCACUCUUUGGCGGUUUGCGAGGACCCUUCGUCCGGACCAAAGGUAUUUUCAUGGGGAUGGAACCAGAGUUGUCAACUCGGGAGGCAAUGUCCUGCGGCGGCAUUAGGGCACAUUCCCCUACAGGUCGAAGGGCUGGAGGGGGGGACCCCUAAGUUGGUGUCCGCCGGGAGGGCACAUUCCCUUGUGGUCACAACUAAGAAUGAGGUUUGGGCUUGGGGCUGUGGUAAGAAUGGAAGGUUAGGGUUGUGUAGUUCUGCAGAUGAAGCUGAGCCAAUGCUAGUGGAUUUUUGUCAAGAUUUUGAAUUAUUGGAAGCUGUGGCUGGGCUUGAUCAUACUUUGGUUCUUGGAGAAAUUGUUUGUUAACUCCGGGAAAAUUGUUCAAAUUAAAUUCAGAGUAUUUUAAAAUCAUUAAUAACUCUAUUACAAUGUAGCACCUGUUCAUACUUUUUCUCAACGUGAGAGUUAUCACAUCCAUUGGGAUCAAACAUGUAACCUGUAAUUUAAGAAAGACACUAUCUUUUA